AUGAAGGGUAAAAGUAGUAUUAGCAUAACUUUUGCAGGUAAAAAACUUGUUUCGAUAGAAGUAAGCAAGAAUAAGGCAAAAAAGAAUUCAACAACCAUCAAGAAACCCAUCAAAUCAAAGGAACUUUCUCGAAGCCGACAAGCAUCAAUUGAAAGGAUGAAAGGUCAGAGAAAGAUAGAUCAGAUGCUUCAAGAGUUAAAUUCUAAAUUGAUGAAACAACGGGCAAUGCUUGGUCGUGUUAAAGAAAUGAUUGAUUCGAUAUCAUUUAUGUUUGAAGUUUCUGGUAAGAACGUCAUGUAUCUAGGAGAGCUUGUUACAAAACUUAAAGAAAGUACAAGUAGUCCAUUAGAAGUAAUGGAACAUAUUGAACUAUUAGCAGAAGUUGCUCCUGAUUGGUUUAAGGUUACUUUAGCCAGAGAUUCCAAGAAAGUUGUCACUAUUGAUGGAUCUUAUCAAUUGAAAAGUGCAGAAGAAGAGAUGCAGGUGGUAGAGACAAAUCUAGAUCAAGAUGAUGAUUAUUCAAAUGGAAUUUUAUUAGAUGCCAAUGAAAAUCCAUUUGGAAUGAUGGAUGGUGGUAAUGAAGAAUUGAAUAGAUGCCCAGAUCCAAAUCAAUUUAUGGUUAAAGAAUAUCUAUUAAAGUUCGUAAUAUGGCAACAAUUGAUGAGAGUUUUUGUGUACCCAAUUUCCAAAGCUUUAAAACAAGAUAAAAAUAUAAAAAUAAUUUUCCUUUGCUCACCUGGAAAUCCAACUGGCACAUUAUUACCUAAAGAUGAUGUUAAACUGAUUUUAGAUCCAAAUUUAAAUGGAAUAGCUGUAGUUGAUGAAACACAUAUCAAUUUUGUUGCAAAAGUUUUGUACUGGCUAGAAUUAGUUCAAAUAUUAGAUGAAAAUUAUAAAAAAUCAAGUAAUGAAAAAGCCCAUUGGCUAUACAAAGAAUUGACAGAUAAUCAUGAGAUUGUGAUGAGAUAUUGA